AUCGUGAACUGCCACACCGUGGAAGAGUACGCCAAGGUUUUCAAGAAGGCGGGCGACAACGGAUUGGUCCUCGUCGAGUUCGUUGCGGGCUGGAGCUCCUCCAGCAAGAGCAUGCAGCCGUACAUGACCACCUUGGCCAAAUCGGCGGAGUACAAGAAGAUCCACUUCGUCAGGGUCGACAUGGAGGCGCUCCCUGAGAUCGCUCAGAAGUGUAACGUGAAGGCGCUGCCCACGUAUCAGCUGUGGAGGGGCGAAGAAAAGCUCGAGGAGAUGACCGGCGCCUUGCCCGCAAAGCUCGUGGCCAUGCUCAAGACUCAC